AUGUCCGCCAGCGGAAAGGACUGGCCAGUCAAACAAUACACCCCUCGAUACACCAGCUGGCCAUACAACCCUUCCGACUUUACCAGGCAGGACUCUUCACCGGACGAUUCGUUUUACAGCGCUCCGAGAUUCGUUACACAUAUCGACGAUGCUGCGAUCAACACUCUGCGAACGUACUAUGACAGCACGCUGCCGAGGAAAGGCAAGAUCUUGGAUUUCUGCUCCAGCUGGAUCUCGCAUUACCCCAAAUCUGUCGAGGAGGCCUCUUCCAACGGCGAGCUGAAAGUCAUCGGCAUGGGAAUGAACGAAGCCGAGCUCAAGGCGAACAAGGUCUUGAACUCUGGCAAACUUCUGGUAGAUCUUAAUCAGAAUCCCGACAUAGCUGGGGCGUUACGAACCGCAGAUGCCAUUAGCGAAGAUGAUGCCGAGAAGCUUGACUCUUCUACAAACGUCGUGUCGACGGACUAUCUCACCCAGCCAGUUGAAGUGCUCAAGAGCCUCCGCGACGCCACCAAGCCCGGCGGCUCGGUGCAUCUCACGAUCUCCAAUAGGUGCUUCCCGACCAAAGCUAUCAGCAGAUGGCUACGGGUUGAAGAAGAGGAGAGAGUUCUCAUGGUCGGCGAUUUCCUGCAUUACGCCGGCUGGAAGGACAUUGAGAUCGUGGAGUUGAGCAACGGCAAAGUCGGGGAGGGUGACCAGUCCUCUCCUCAACAGGGUCUGCGGGGUAUCAUGAGUUGGAUGGGGAUGAACUCGAGGGAUCCGCUGUGGGUUGUGAGAGCGACGAAAUGA